AUGAAGUGCUUUUGGUGUAAAGAAGAACUUCCUGCAAAUUUUCUUGCUUUAGACUUGCACUGCCAGCUCAAACACAAGAAUGGAGACAUUUACUUCUAUACUUGCAGAGAAGGGUGCAACAGAGCUUAUGGCUCCUUAGAUUCUCUAAAGAAGCACUUGCACAAGAUUCACUUGAUUGACUUUUAUCCUUCAGUGUCAACAGUGCACAAUGUUACGUACCAGAGGAAUUUGGAAACAUAUACUUCUCCAGAGCAUUUAAUGCAACAUGAGUAUCAAGCCACUGAAACUGAUAUGCCGGAAGCAAGUCACCAUAGUGUUGAAGAGGUUCUAGAACCAUUUAAGAAAUGUGUUGUGUCACUGCUAGCAAAGUUGUCUGGUGACAAAACACUGCCAAGAAGUUAUGUUCAGAAGUUCAUUUUUGAUGUUACAUCACUUCUCAAAUGCACAAGUUCUAUUGCUUUGAGAGUCACUGAAGUCAUGAAGAGUUGUAAAGCAAGUCCAACUGACAUAGAAGAAGUUCACAAAUUAUUUCAGUUUCUACUAAAUCCUUUUGAAGAGCUACAGUCCGAAUACAGGAGGCUAAAAUAUUUUAAGUCGACUGAGGCCUACAUUGCACCUCAGCCUUAUGAAAUUGGCUCUAUUAAAGUAAUGCGUCGUAGUAAAGGUACAGUGAAUCUCAAGAGAAGACCUGUGUAUGGGCAACAUGUUAACUUGCCUCUGAUGCUUACUAAGUUUUUUGAGCUUCCAGAUGCAUUCUCGAGUACCAUUGCUUACGUUAAUUCGCUUGAUCUCAACGAAGAUGAUUAUAUUUAUAAUUAUGUCCAGUGCCCUUCAUUUAAGGCUAAAGCUGCUAAGUUCAAGAAUGCUGGAGAAGUUGUUCUUCCUCUAUUCGCGUUCUUCGAUGAUUUGGAACUUAAUAAGGAUUUGAGUCCCCACUCUAAGAAGAUUGGAGCAUUUUAUGCAAAAGUUGCUUGCUUGACGCCCGAGUUCCAGUCUGCUCUUAGUAAUAUAUUUUUAUGUCUUCUCUUUUUGAGCAAGUAUAGAACAGCAGAUUAUGAAACACAGAAGAAAAUUUUAAAACCUUUGAUUGAAGACUUGACUCUUUUGGAAAAGCAAGGGAUCCUCGUGAAUAUCCCCAAUGUGGGCUGUAGAAGAAUUUAUUUUGUCACUGGACUUAUUCUUGGAGAUAAUUCCGGCUUAAAUAGCUUAGGUGGUUUUGUGAAUUCUUUUUCGAAGGCCAACCACAUGUGCCGGAGAUGUAAAGUGCACAAAAUUGUUAUGCACUUUCAAUGUGUUGAAGAUUCUGCUUUGUUACGCAAUGAGGCCAAUUUCCUUGCUGCUGUUGCUGUUAAAAAUAAGAGUUUGACUGGUGUUAAAGAUGACUGUGCUUUGAGAGAAAUUCCAUCCCUGGAAUUUCCCCAAGAUCUUUCGGUCGACCCUUUUCAUGACUGCGAAGAAGGAAUUUGCCACAAUUUAAUGCUUGCAGUUCUCAGAAAAAUGAUCCCAAAGUGCUUCACCCUCAAGACUCUCAAUGAAAGAAUCAAUGUCUUUGAUUAUGGACACAAUGUCACCAACAAAGUACCCCCAAUUUCAGAAGAGUUUGCUUCAAGAGACAAACUAAAGAUGUCUGGUUCUGAAAUGACGUGCUUCAUCCGUCUGUUCUCACUUAUUAUUGGUGAAUGUGUCCCAGAAUCAGAUCCAUAUUGGAAAUUGUACUUGAAGUUUAGAGAAGUUUUUGACAUUGUGAAAGCAAAAGCCCUGCCCAAGAAUAUUGAUGGUAUUUUGAAUACUUUGGUUUCUGAACUGAAUAGUGAUUAUUGUACUUUGACUGGAAAAAAUCUAACUUUCAAGGGUCAUGUUCUUGUCCAUUAUGGAUCAUUCAUUCACAAUAAUGGACCAGUUGAUCAUGUAUCUACUAUCCGCUAUGAAGCUAAACAUCGAGAUAUCACCAAACCUGCUCAUGUAAACUCAUCACGCACAGAUAUUUGUUUGUCCAGUGCCAUUAAACAUCAACUUGCAUUUUGUUACAAAUUUCUGGCUGCAGAAUCAAUCUUGCCUCAAACGUCAUUUGGAUCUCUUGAUUUAACGGAUAUUUCUGAUGUAGAUGCAUUGAGUGGAAUUCAUCAUUUAAUUCCUUCUGACUUUUUGUGCAAUGGGAGUGAGUGUUUGUCUUGUGUGUGGAUAAAUCUAAAGGGAACCAAAUAUGUUCAUGGAUGUGUUCUAUUUGUUAAUCUUAUGGAAAAUUCUAAGCCAGUAUUUGGUCAGUUAGAACAAAUUCUCUUAAGUUCAAGUAACCAGAGUGACAUUCUGUUUGUUUUCUCUUAUUUUGUAAACAGUGGUUUCGAUUCUCAUUUCCAUGCUUACCAUGUAAGUCCCACUAGCCCAUUGCGGUAUUCAAUCAUCAGACCCUCUGACAUCUUUGACCCCAUGCCCUUGCAUGCCCAUAAAGUGGCUUUCGGAGAAUUGUAUAUUCCACUUAAAUACCGCUUUUAG